AUGCAUCACGUCAAAAUCAAAGUCGAAAAGCCAGAUGUGGAGGUUGGCGCCGCACGCAACAGACUGGAUUCUAUUUUAAAAGGACUCGUGGAGAAAACUGAAAACGAAAGAGAGCAGAAUGAGUGUGAGACAGGAAAAAUGUCAGCCGACUCUAUGACCAAGGAUUUGUCCCCAUUGUCUGCUGGAAAACGGCCAUCGGCGAGAUUCACACAGCAUCGUCGCAAGAGACGCAAAGAGUUGGAUGAAAGCAUAUCUGAGAGCAAUACCCACAGACAAAAUGCUUACAUUAUUAAGUUGUUUGACCGAAGCGUGGAUUUGGCUCAGUUCAAUGCCGGCACCCCUCUGUAUCCUAUUUGUCGUGCCUGGAUGAGAAAUAAUCCGUCUGUCCGAGAGCCUAUUGAAGGAUCCCCGAUAUCUCCACAAGUCAUGCUAGAAGAAGAAGUCACAGACAUGAUUAAUGGCAAAGAGCAACUUGUAUACAGACUACCUCCUCCAACUAUGUCUCCUAUAAGCUCAUCUGGUGAACCAGUCAACCUCAGGAUCCCACCAACUGAAAAACCCGUUGUCACCCAGUUAACAGAGUCUGUACCUAUGCCAGGUUCCUUCAUAUGUGACCACAUGGAGCGAUGGAAAAAGAUCAGACAAAAAUGGAAGGAAUGUUCCAACAAGAACCAGUUGAGAUACAGUGAGAGCAUCAAGAUCCUGAAGGAGAUGAAGGACUUGUAUGACCACUAA